AUGGAAAUUGAUCAACAAAACGAAGAUUUAAACAAUUGGUUACCGGUGACAGCAUCUCGGAAGGCCAAGUGGUGGUACUCCGCCUUCCACAAUGUUACCGCCAUGAUAGAGAAAUUUUUAUUGUGUUCAUGUUCUUGUAGGGUAUCUGGAAUAGUUGCAGUAUUGGGAUCAUGGGUGAUAACGUUCUACACAUUAUGGCAACUUGUGGAGCUCCACGAGGCUGUGCCUGGAAAACGGUUCGACCGAUACCCGGAGCUUGGCCAACACGCAUUUGGCCCAAAACUAGGUUAUUGGAUUGUGAUGCCACAACAAAUGUUGGUCCAAGUUGGUACUGAUAUAGUCUACAAUGUCACGGGCGGAAAAUCUCUUAAGAAAGCGAUCGAGCUCUUGAUCCCGAGUUUCGCGAUGAGGAACACUUGUUACAUUUUGAUCUUCACCGCAAUCCAACUCAGCUUGUCUCAAAUCCCUAAUUUCAACUCUCUCAAAGGCCUUUCUCUUUUGGCCGCGGUCAUGUCCGUUUGUUAUUCGAUGAUAGCCUUUGUGGCGUCAACAGUUGAAGGAGCACAACACCACCCGGCUAGCUAUGGAAUUCGAUCACAAUAUUCUGUAGAUAUAGCGUUUGACGUGAUGAAUGCGUUGGGAACGGUAGCGUUUGCGUUUGCAGGACAUAGUGUGGUUCUUGAAAUACAAGCAACCAUUCCUUCGACACCUGAGGUCCCUUCCAAGAAACCGACUUGGAAGGGAGUCGUCGUGGCUUACGCCAUCGUCCUCCUUUGCUACCUAACAGUAGCAAUCUCCGGGUUUUGGGCGUUUGGAAAUCUAGUGGAAGACGAUAUUCUUAUUUCCCUCCAAAAACCUAAUUGGCUAAUCGCGGUAGCUAACUUCAUGGUGUUUCUUCAUGUCGUUGGAAGCUAUCAGGUCCAUUAUUACAACGACACCCUUCUUGAAAUUAUCUAUGAUAAUUUACUUUUGGUUAAUAACUCAAAUUCUGAAUAAUUAGAUAGUAUAAUGGUGUGGUUGAUCUAAAUAAACAGGUAUUUGCAAUGCCCGUAUUUGAUGGAAUAGAGUCGUGUCUAGUGAAGAAUCUCAAGUUCACUCCUUCCAUAUGCCUUCGUAUUGUGGGACGUACUUCAUACGUUGGUAUGUAACCAA